AACCUAAUCCUACUGAUAUUCUUGAAUUUAUACAGAAAAAAGUAUUACCAGUAGUGCAAGAAACUUUUCUUCCGUUUCCAGUUAAAGCCAUAGAAAGAAUGCUUGAUGAUAUAAUUGACAUUAUUUGUUAUACAUUUUCUGUAAAUAUAUGUUGUGGCCAAAGCACAAAAGAAUUUAAAGAUGUGGUACAUAUCCGUGGAAAUGAACGUAAUGAAUUUGGCAAUGUUCUGUAUUGUGGUGACACGGAAACGUACGUGACCACUGAAG